AUGGUCCGAAAUAAAAGUAUCCUCCUCAGCCCAUCAAGUAUCAAAUACACCGUUUGCAUCUCUCUUCAAUAUCAACCCUAUCAUAAAAGUCGCCAUAGAUCUUCACUUCACAGAAUCAUCACACUGAAGAGACAGAGAGAGAGAGAUAUGGGAGUGGUUAUACUUGAUGGUUCAACAGUCCGAGACUUCGUCAACGACGAGUCAAAGUUCAAGAAGAGCGUGGACGAGUCUUUCGCCAAGCUAGACCUGAACAACGACGGCGUUUUGUCCAGAUCGGAGCUGCGAAAGGGCUUCGAGACUCUCCGUCUGAUCGAGACACACUUCGGCGUCGACGUUGCGACGCCGCCAGAGGAGCUGACUCGGCUCUACGACUCGAUUUUCGAGAAGUUCGACUGCGAUAAGAGCGGGACCGUCGAUGUCGAGGAGUUCAGGAACGAGAUGAGCAAGAUUUUGCUUGCGAUCGCCGAUGGGUUGGGCUCGUCGCCGAUUCAGAUGGCUCUUGAAGACGAUGAUCAGAGUUUUCUUAAGAAGGCCGCAGAUCUUGAAGCUUCUAAGCUUUCUCAGGCUUCUUGA